GCAAGGAUUUGGACUAGCAACGAGGAACUGUGGCAAAUUGAAAUUGGAUAUGGCUGCCAACGAGAUUAUGACACCAACAGUCAAUGCUAAUUGCCAGUACUCCACGAGAUAUUGUUGGGAAGCAGAAAAAGUCAAAUCUUUGAUCAGAUUACGGGCGGAACUGUCGCCGCUGUUUACGGGCAAGCGAAAUGCCUCCAAAUAUGCUUGGGCCGUGGUGGAACGGGAACUCAAUGUGCCGCUACCGCUGUCGAAGAUCAUCAAGAAAUGGAACAAUCUCCUGCAGGAGUACAAGGCAAUCAAAAUGUCGGAGGAGCCCAAGCGGCGGGAGUGGCCCUUCUUCACCCUGAUGGAUGUUUACUUCAGCGAUCAGGUCAACGAUCCCUCGCUGCGUCUCUUCUCGUCCACCAAGACCCUCAAGGAGACCCUCGACGACAGCGUCUUUGAGGAUGAUCCAAUCAUCGCCUCGGCCAUUGCCGCAGCCACCAGCGGCGCCUACAUGGACAUCGAUGAGCUGAUCCGGCGGCAGAAGGAGCGCGCCGCACAGGCUGCCGAGCGGAAGUUGGCGGCAGCUGCCAGCGGAGCCGCCGGCGACUACAAAUACGAGCUGAAGCCGAUGCUGCCCAACAGCAAGUUCAACAGCAACAGCGAGAUGGUGAAGCUGUCCAAGAGCGUGGACGAUCUGUCCAUGCAGCAGUACAAGAUCAAGCAGGAGCUGAUGCGACAGCGCGAGCAGGAGCAGCAGGAGAACAUGGUGAAGAUCAAGCAGCAUGCACGCCAGCAGCAGCAACAGCAGCAGCAGCAGCAGGCACAGCAGCAACAUCAUCAGGCCCAGCAGCAGGCACAGCAGCAGCAGCAGCAGCGAUUCAUGAGCCACCAGCCGGCCCUGUCGCCGCAUCCACACCGCAUGUCGUCCUCGUCGACGCCACCGGGUCUGCAGCACGCGCUGCAACAGCAGCAGCAGCACUUGUUGCAACAACAGCAGCAACAUCUGCAGCACCAGCUGCAGCAGCAACAGCAACAACAUCAGCAGCAGCAACAACAACAGCAGCAGCAGCAGCAUCACCAUCAGCUCGCACAUCCCCAUCAACCGUCCACGCCGCGUCCCAGCUCGCCGCCCACCACGGCGCAGCAGAUCCACAUCACGGCCACACAGCAUCAGGCAGCACAGCAGCAGCUCCACCAGCAGCAGCAGCAGCAGCACCAGCAGACGCACAAGCAGCAGCAGCAGCAGCCGUACACAGAUCCCAACACCAUCGACCAGUAUCUGCUGUCGUGGAACAACUUCCACGGCAACAUGUGCCGCGGCUUCCACUCCCUGCAGAAGGACGAGAAAAUGGUGGACGUGACCAUUGCAGCCGGCGGCAAGAUAUUCAAGGCCCACAAAUUGGUUUUGUCCGUUUGCAGUCCGUACUUCCAGCAGAUCUUCCUGGAGAAUCCCUCGAGUCAUCCCAUUCUGCUGAUGGCCGACGUGGAGGCCAGUCACAUGGCCGGCCUGCUCGACUUUAUGUACAGCGGCCAGGUGAAUGUCAAAUACGAGGAUCUGCCGGUGUUCCUCAAGGUGGCCGAGGCCAUGAAGAUCAAGGGGCUGCACACAGAGAAAAACCUGGACAGCGAUGCCAGUGACAUUAGUUCGCCGCAUGAGAGCGAUGGCACCGAGUGCCGCUACGAGCGGGGCACACACAGCGUCAAUAUAACCAGCGGACAUGCCGCUGGCUAUGCCGGACAGCCGCAGGCGCAUCAGUCCUCGCCGUCACCGUCCCUCAAUGGCCCCAACCGUUGCCCCACACCACUGUCCAGCGGCGGUGGUGGAGGAGCCAGCUAUGCCGGCUUCCGGGAUCACAUCAAGUCGAAGGCAACGCUGGCGGAGACCUUCAUCAAGAAUCUCAAUCGCAACAACAACAACAACAGCAGCAGCAGCAACUUCAACAGCAACGGCGGCAACAUCAAUCUGGCCGAGUCCGAGAGCAACUCCUUUGCCAUCCUGCAGGCCAACAGCAAGAAGAUGCUGGACUCGGCCCGCAAGCAGCACAAAUAUCUGGCCAAGCGCAAGAUUCUGAUGCACUACAACACGGAGGUGGGCGGGGAGAAGCGACUGAAGGAGAUGGAACGGGAGCGGGAGCGUUAUCCGAGUGCCGAGCAGCAUGACGAUGCGCUCAACAAUAACCACAGCCACGCCCAUGGACAGGAGAGCGUCAACAUUAUGGAGCCCAUAACGACAAUUGUGCCACAGACACCGCCGCCAGCGACGCACAACAAUAGCUUCAAGAUACGCCUCGUGGAGAGUCAUCAUCUGACCAACAGUGGCAACAGCAGCAGCAACAACAACAACAACGAAAGCAGUGGCAGUGGCAACAACAACAACAACAACAGAAACUGCCACAAUGAUAACAAUGAUGAUGAUGAUGAUGAGGAAGCCUUGAAUCUCGUACAAAUCCCGAAUGCAAAUGGCAGCCGGGCCCGCCCACAAACCCCAACACGCUCAACGCCCACACCCACGCCGACGCCCACGCCCAGGCAGACGCCCACGCCGGACAUACAGCUGAUAAAGCGCGAAGUGGAGCACGACCUAUCCGGCGAGGCCAGCAACCAGAACAAUGGCCAUGACGAGGAGCUCUCCGGCUAUGAGCGCAAGUACGACGACAACAACAACAGUCGGGCAAUGAACAUGGAAACGGACUCGAACAACAACAGCAGCAAGCAAUGUGGCGACAAUGGCAUAGCUUUGGCUUUGGGCAAGCACAAGCUGCUCAGUGCGAUCAAUCGGAGCCUGGAACUGGAGCAGCAGCAGCAGCAGCAACAGCAGCAGCAGCAGCAACAUGCCGAGGAGCAGGAAGCGGAACAUCACAAGAACAACAGCAACAGCCAUGGGGAGCACGACAACGAUGACAACAACAACAACAACAAUCACAGCCAACAUUUGGACCUGAGCACCAUCAAGAACAUAGCCACAGCCGAGAUACUGUGUGGUCUCAAGAGCAAGGUCCUCAAGCUGGAGGAGGAGCAGCGCGAGCGGGAAAGGGAACGCGAAAGGGAGCGAGAAGCCUGCCGCAAUCUCAACUCAGAGAUCAAAAAUGCGGAAUGACAGUCGCUAAUCAGCAGCACCAGCAGCGGAAUAUAGUUAGGCUUUUAUUCCCAGACAUAGAGUAGGGAUAUACAGUAGAAGGAGGGAUGGGAUCUUCCCGGAGUAUGCAUUUGAUUAAACAUUUAAACAUAGAGAGAGACACACAACAUCCAACAUACAAUACCAUUUACAUAUAUAUAGAGAGGGAUCUAUGUGUUGUAUGCUAAUUAUAGUUAUUUAUUAUACCAUUUAAUAUCGUUAAUGUAAUUAUAAUGAAUCCCCCAACCCCCCUCAAACACCCAACACUCCCACAUAAAUACAUACAAUACAUUGUUUAGUUUUUCCCCCAAGAACCCCCCCACAGCACACCAACCAGUCCCCCAUUUGACAGUCCCCUUAGCCGCUAAGACUCACGGAAUCAUUAACGUAUCGUAUCGUAUAUCGCAUCGUAGUGGAUCCCAAAUGCUGAUGAAAUUACAAAUUUAUUAUUAGCACUUUCGAAAAACUCUGGCCCUGUUGCAAUACGUGUUAAGCUCAUGUUAAACAUUUAUAUUAAUAAUAUAUCUAUCGAUGAUAACUCUUAUGGUAUGUGUGUAGGAGAGUAGUAUAAAUAUGACCCAUUUCGAUUUUCAACUUCAGUUCUUACAUUAUUUAUACCAUGUGUAUAUCGUACUAUGAAUGUAUCUCAACACCAUGCAUGUCCACAUACCCCCAACACUCAUAUUCACACACACAAUUUCGCAUUACUGCACCAUAAUUUGUAA